CGGGCGCCGGACCCCCAGGCGGAGCGACAGGUCUCGGGCCCUCAGGCGGAGCGGCGGGCGCCGGACCCCCAGGCGGAGCGACAGGUCUCGUGCCCCCAGGCGGAGCGGCGGGCGCCAGACCCCCAGGCGGAGCGACAGGUCUCGGGCCCUCAGGCGGAGCGGCGGGCGCCGGACCCCCAGAUGGAGCGACAGGUCUCGGGCCCUCAGGCGGAGCGGCGGGCGCCGGACCCCCAGGCGGAGCGACAGGUCUCGGGCCCUCAGGCGGAGCGGCGGGCGCCGGACCCCCAGAUGGAGCGACAGGUCUCGGGCCCUCAGGCGGAGUGGCGGGCGCCGGACCCCCAGGCGGAACGACAGGUCUCGGGCCCCCAGGCGGGGCGGCGGCGGGCACCGAGUCACCAGGCACACACCGUGGGCUCCGAGUCAACAGGCACGACAGUGAGCACCGGGUCAUCAGGUACCGGAUUGUCUGGCUCGACAGCGGGCAUCGGGUCACCAGGCAUCAGGUCAUUUGGCUCGACAGCGGGCACCGGAUCAGGUACCGGAUCAUCUGGAUCAACAGCGGGAUCGAGUCAACUG